CGGGGCCGGGCCGGGCCGGGCAGCGCCGGGGCCCCGCGGGGAGCGGCCGGAGGAGGCACCGGCCCUUAUAAAUGGCGCCCAAGCAGGACCCCAAGCCUAAGUUCCAGGAGGGUGAGCGAGUGCUUUGUUUCCAUGGACCUCUCCUUUAUGAAGCCAAGUGUGUAAAGGUUGCCAUAAAGGACAAGCAAGUGAAAUACUUUAUCCAUUACAGUGGUUGGAAUAAAAAAUUCUGCAAAUAUUCAUGCCAUCUUGGUUUCCUUCACAGACAGAAAUCAGAGCUCUUCUCCUUACACUGGGAUGAAUGGGUUCCAGAAAGCAGAGUGCUCAAAUACGUGGAUACCAACCUGCAGAAACAAAAAGAACUCCAGAAGGCCAACCAGGAACAAUAUGCAGAGGGGAAGAUGAGAGGAGCUGCUCCAGGCAAGAAGACUUCUGGUCUGCAGCAGAAGAAUGUUGAAGUGUUUUUCCGGAGGGAUGGAGCUCACACCGUGUGCUGCCUGGAGACCCCGGCCAUCUCCACUCGGAAAACAAAAAAGAACAAGCAGAAAACUCCAGGCAUUGGGGAGGGGAGCAGCACCAGUGAGACUCCCCAGCCGCCCAGGAAGAAGAGGGCUCGGGUGGAUCCAACAGUUGAAAGUGAGGAGACGUUUAUGAACAGAGUUGAGGUGAAGGUGAAGAUCCCCGAAGAGCUGAAGCCGUGGCUGGUGGAUGACUGGGACUUGAUCACCAGGCAGAAGCAGCUCUUCUACCUCCCUGCCAAGAAGAACGUGGACUCCAUUUUAGAGGAUUAUGCAAACUACAAGAAAUCCCGAGGAAAUACUGAUAACAAGGAAUACGCUGUCAACGAGGUGGUGGCUGGCAUCAAGGAGUAUUUCAAUGUCAUGCUGGGCACUCAGCUGCUCUACAAGUUCGAGAGGCCCCAGUACGCCGAGAUCCUGGCGGAUCACCCCGACGCUCCCAUGUCCCAGGUCUACGGCGCCCCACACCUCCUGAGGCUCUUUGUGCGGAUCGGAGCCAUGCUGGCCUACACGCCCCUGGAUGAGAAGAGUCUGGCUUUGCUCUUGAACUACUUGCAUGACUUCUUAAAGUAUUUAGCGAAGAACUCCUCCGCGCUGUUCAGCGCCAGUGACUACGAGGUGGCGCCGCCGGAGUACCACCGGAAAGCGGUGUAAUCCCGCUUUUCCACGGAGCACGCCCCGGAUCCUGCACCGCUGGCCACUUGUGCGUCCUGCCCUUCACCUCCCCGUCACACAGCUCCUGUAAACGUCACGUGAAUAAUGAAGGUGUGCGUGUCAAAUGGAACUGCCGCCUAAGCCCGGAAGAUUUCUUGGUUCCCCAGCGGGAUUUCUCGUCCCGAAGUGGACGAGCCCCAGCGCUGGGAUGUAAAGGAAAUGUGUUCUGGUGUGUCAUUGUCUGACCUCAGUGCUCUGCCCGGAGGCCUGGCCUCGCUAACCCGCUUUAUUCCAUAGCAAUGGCAGACCCUCGAGGGCUGCGUCACCUGUGUUGGUGCUAUUGACUGUCUCACUCACCCCAGUGACUUUUUGGUGUUGGAAGUUCAAUGUUUGGUUCAUAAAUGUCUGCUUUUCAUGGGGUAGUUGAAGGACUGUGACUUUUUUUUUAUAUUCUAAUGAUAGGAAAAUGCAUUCUCAUCUCGUAGUGUUUGGAAAUGUUGGUCUUUCGCAGACCUGUUUGGCAGAUCUGCAAAUAAAACUUUUUUUUUUUUUUUAAUUUCAAA